ACGCUUGAGGUGACGGAAACUUUCGCCCAAUUCGUAUCCAAAAGUUGCUCGACGUUUAAUUCCUGCCGCCUCCCUCCACAUGAACACGUGACGUCCUCUUUGCCCACUUUUGAAGCCCAUACCCACCCGCCAUCUCUCUCGGAUUUCUUUUGGAUUUUAUUCAUUGCCUUUGUACUUUCUUUCUUCGAAAUCAAAGGCUAAAAUACUUAGGGCUCUGGCAUUAUAAAGGACAGUUGCUUUAGUCAGUAAUUCUUUGGGCUCUGUGGGUGAUCAAGGGAGCAGGUGGAGAUUUCUUGGGGUAUUAUUCAUGAAUAUGAUUGGCUACGAACAAGACCCUGAUGUUGUUCGUUGGGGUCUCCAUCUUCUAGACAUUUGCUCUCUUUCUAAUGUUGGUUCUGGUAGUUCUGUUACUCGAUAUGAUGCAGACCUAAGUCAAGUCGAGUAUGUUAGAGAAGGUUAUUAUGAAGAACAGCACAACAGUGUAGAGAACGAUGAGAUUAUUGCACAUGCUCUUCAAGAAGAAUUAUCACACAUUGCAGCUGCUGAAGCAUCUGGGUUAUCAAAUGUUGGCAAGGAUCAUUUGCAAGCAUCCAUUCUUGCACAGGAUUGGCUUGGUCCCUCAAAAAGACAUCCUGGUUCUGGGCAUGAUGAGAGGCAGGAUGACUCUAGCAGAAAGAAGGAAGAGGCAGAUGGAAUUGGAGUUUCUAGUUCAUGUUCUAGCCCGGAAGGAAAACCACUCAGUGGAGAGGACUUUUCAUAUUCACUAGAAAUGACAGAUGAGUCUGUUCUUGAUGGAGAAGUGGGCAAAAGGCUGAAUCAGAUGGUUCCUGUUCCUCAUGUUCCUAAAGUUAAUGGAGAAAUACCCUCAGUUGAUGAAGCAACAUCAGAUCAUGAGAGGCUGCUAAACAGGUUGCAGUUAUAUGAUCUGUUUGAGCUUAAGGUUCAAGGAGAUGGGAAUUGUCAGUUUCGUGCCUUAUCGGACCAAUUCUAUCGUACCCCUGAUCACCACAAAUUUGUGAGAGAACAAAUUGUUAAUCAGCUCAAAGCUAACCCAAGAAUUUAUGAGGGUUAUGUCCCAAUGGCUUAUGGUGAAUACCUGAAGAAAAUGAGCAAGAAUGGUGAAUGGGGUGAUCAUGUCACAUUACAGGCUGCUGCAGACACGUAUGGUCUCAAAAUAUUUGUAUUAACAUCCUUCAAGGACACCUGUUACAUUGAGAUUCUUCCAAAUAUUCAGAAAUCCAACCGAGUAAUUUUCUUAAGCUUCUGGGCAGAGGUGCACUAUAACUCAAUUUAUCCACAAGAAGGUAAACAGAUUGAUAUGCAUAGCAUAAAUACGAUGAAUUCUGUCAAAAAACAUGUUUUUUUUUUUUGAUAGGUAAUUUUUUUGUCCUUAUUGGGACUUGAACCUGGAGCCUCCCGCAAACCCUCCCCAUCCCUUUACCACUUGAGCUAGGCCUCAAGGGCAAAAACAUACAGUUUCUUAAUAAAAAAUUAGAAAAGAAUGAGACUCAUUAAUUAAGGCUAAAAAUAGUGUUUUGUUCAACUUGAUCAUUGUUAUUCACCCUAGCUGUUACUUCUGGUGGAUUGAGCUAGGAAUUGUAAUCUGACUUAAUAUCCUUGCCAUAGAAGAACAUGAAUGUCCUAGAUUUAGGAUGGGAAAACACAAAGUGACAUAGAAUGAGCUAGGAAUUGCAAUCUGACUUAAUAUUGGCUGCGUGAAGCAAGUAUCUGAUGUUGUUUCCUAUAGAAUCUGAGAUGUUUAACCUGUUGAAUUUUAGUUUUUCAGCAUUUAUCUUUUUCUGUCAUGUUUCUUUUCCUAUCAAUCUACACUUGUAGAAGUCAAUUGUUGUGGCUCAACUUUAAGGAAUGUUAUGACUUUGUUUUGAAAUCAUUCCAAUUUCAGUUGGUGGUCUUACUGAGUUGCAUUGCAUAUACACACUUCUUGAUUUAAUUGUAACCUUGGAAUGAUAAUCUCUCCUCCACUGUGUUGCCCUUGCCCCCAUUAUAGCGGCCCUUUUUGGUCUUGUCUACCUAGGAAUGCCAUCUGAUUCGAGAAUCUUAUUGUUUUUGUUUUUAUCAUUUUUAUCCAUGUUCUUAUUGUGUGGGUGGAUGCAGAAACACACAUGCAGACAAACAUAUAAGUUGUAAGAGGAAAUGUGGGUUUGUUUUUGACAGCAAAUAUUUGAUGUGUGUCUCUUCUUGAUGUUAUAUAUCCAGAUAUGCCAAUAUCAGAUACUAAGAAAAAGUGGAAAUGGUGGAUACUUUGAAGCUAGAGGAGGCGAUGGGUGGAUAACUGAUGAUAUGAUCACGAACUUUUUAACUGUGGAAGCUGCAUCUAUAUAUAGGUUUUGGGCCCCUCCUACUUGUUGGCUGGAUUGGACAUCUCUCCCAUGGUUUUCGCUGCUAGAGAAAUGGGAAAUAGGACUUAGGCUCCACUUCUGCAUAUUAUUUAUUUUCUUCCAUGUCUUGGUGUAUAUUCUCUUUUCCUCCUUUUUUUCCUUUCAGCUUUUGAGAUUGUGCAUGUAAUCAUAUUUUCAUUCAUUGAUUUAAUUCAAUUUCUUUGUUUAUUUA